AUGGUGCCCACCCCGCGAUCAUAUACGAGCGGCAGCUCACGAAACAAGGCGACACUCGAGAUCAUCCCAGACGAUCGCUUCAUAGUCUUCAACGGCGGAGAACAUGAAGCGGCGACCUUCAAACUCACGGGUCGUGUGCGUCUCACCACUCCGGAAGCUAUGAGCAUCAUGAGACCCAAGGUGCGACUGGAGGGCAAACGCAAGAUCAGCUGGUGGUACAUGGGAGGAAUAUCGACAGGAGAGGUCAUGGAUAAGCGAGUAUUCUGGAAUCAAGAGCAGAGGCUAGGCAUCGAGAGCGCACACAAGAUCAAAGCGGGAACCAUAGAAUGGCCGUUUGAAUUCGAUCUGUCUCCCACCAUGCCCGAGAGCGUAGAGGGUCUGCGAGAGACUUUCAUAGCAUACCACCUCCACGCGAGCGUUUCACGGCCUGGCUGGAACGCAAAGGAUAUCACGGCACAAGAGCACAUUCGUAUCGUCCGGACCCUGGGACAGGAUAGUAUGGAAAUGACACGGUCGCGAGUGAAUGCGGAUAUCUGGGCGAACAAGAUCUCCUACAGCAUCUCGAUACCGACGGACGCGAUAGUAUUUGGCACCUCGGUGACGGCGGAUGUGGAGCUUUCACCGAUCAAGAAGGGCAUCACACUGGGCAAGGUCGAGAUGAAGCUGAUUGAGACGGUCGUCAAGCGGAUACAAGCGAAUGAGGUGCCGGAUGUUCGUGGAGAUAGGUCAAAGUCAGAAGAGACGGAGGUUGCAAAGGCGGAGAUGGACUUUCCGGAACACUCCAGGAUAACCUACGACGACGAUACCACUGACAACCCGACUCUCGCGGACGAGAUGUACAAGUUCCAGGCGACAUUGCCGCUGCCAAAAUCGCUGAAUGCAUGCCGGCAGGAUGUGGACUCGCACAGCAUCAACAUCACUCACCGGUUCAAGCUGAUGGUGAACAUUCACAACCCGGAAGGCCAUGUCUCUCAGCUAGUGUGCAGAUUACCAGUCAAACUGUUCAUCUCACCGAACUUGCCAGUUGACGAAUCGAAUAUGGUCUGCGGGAAUGCGAACGGUGUGUCGGAUGCACAAUUAAACCUCACAGAGACGGCAUUAGUUGCACCUCCGGAGUACGGCCGACAUCAGCUCGAUCAGAUGUACCGCGAUAUUGACCCGAGCGGCUUCAUGAGCAGAGCAGGCUCAGGUCCAGGAACACCAGCCGGUCUCAUGAGCCAAAGUCGCCGAGGAUCGCACGAGAACAUCCUCUCUCUCAAUGGCCUGGCCGAAAGCGAA